UCGACGGUAACUUGUUACCGUGGUUACCACGAUUUACCGCGAUGGAUGCGCGCGAGUUUUCAAAGGAGGCGAGCCGCUCUUUACUUCCUGAAGCAAGCUCUGUUGCUAGCUCUUAGCUCACACAGACGCACACCAUGACCGAUGUAUUCAUAUCAACAUGAAUUAACCAGUGAAAAGACCACCAUCGCUUAUCCGCAUACGACUACAUUUGAAGAUCGUAUGGCUCUUUGUUGCGGAAUGAUCCCGUUAUUCGUUCGUUCUGCUUGUUUGUUAUCGCUACGGAUGCACUAGCUCACAAACAGCUCCUUCAGUAUUGUGAGCUGCAAAGCAAAUGGCAACAAAUUAAUUUUAAUAAUGACAUUUUAACUUGCUAAGCCUCCCCUCUGACCCUCUGUCAUCAUGUCCAUCGACUUCGACAGCGCUGCCCUUCAGACACAACAAGAUGAAGAUGAAUACGAUCAGGAGGAUUAUGCGAGAGAACAAGAGCUGCACAAGCUGCUCACUGACCUGCCUGAUGAUAUGCUUGAGGACAGCCAUGACUCGAGCCCUGAGCUGGAGUACUCUACCUGCAGUAACAACAACAUCAACAACAGAAAGGGCCAACCGCCUGAAUGGACCCAACAAGCUGAACUCUCCCCUCAUCCUAAACGCAACUCUUACGAGAACUACGAUGAGGACUACAAUGGAGGAUCUCAUCAGCAUGAGGGAUUCGAGGGCGAGGCUGUUCACAUCAACGGCUACGACAGCCAUGCCCAGAGACCGCCUCUGACCGCCGCCUGGAAGCAGCAGCCUCAAGAAGGCUUUGGGCGUCAGCCGUUCCCCCAUGGUGCCGGUGACCGUUCGGACUAUGAACUCGAGGAGGGAGACGGGAAAACGCGGUUCUUUGAGAACCAAAACAAUGCAAAGAAGCAUUUCCAAAACAUCGAUGAUCCAGGGUCAGGAGAGAGAAGGGUGGCUCACUGCAAGGCAAACUACAACCCCCAUAAACCUGCUGGUCAACCUCAGAGCCACAGUGUUCAGGCCCCUCUUGAGCCCUUUGAGCACCUGCAGAGAGAAUACCUGGACACCGCACAGAACACCGCUGAGGGCCAGCAGCUGGCUCAGCUGCAGAUUCUCCACAAGGCCCAGCAGAGACAGGUGGAAGACCUGGAGCGCAAGCUGGAGGACUCCAGGCGCAACAUGCGCUACCUUGAGCAUCAGUUUGCCAUCGUUAAAGAUGAAAAAGAUGGCCUGGCAGUGAGUCUGAAGGAGUCCAGCCACCUGGUGGAAGAGGGCCAGGAGAGGGAGGUUCAAAUGCAGAACAGGGUCAAGUCCUUGGAACUGCAGAUCCAGUCACUGACAGAGCGAGACCAUGAGAACCUUAAGAAGCAGCGGAUAGCGGAGGCUGCUGUGGACAGUCUGAAACAGCAGAUGGCAGAGCUGUGUCGCUCAGAGACGCUGUCUAGAGCGCGGCAGCAGCACGACCAGGACCUGACGGUCAAGAGGGAGCAGCACAACGCUGCGCUGCUGGGACUGCAGCAGCAGCUGGACGUCAGCGCCCAGGCCCUGAAGGAGCAGGUGGAGGUCGGCCAGAGGUUGCGGGAGCAGGUGAGGCAGCUGGAGCACCAGAGGGAGGCGGAACAGUUGGAGCGGGCCAGGGUGGUCAACGCCCUCUCCCAACGCCUGGAGGAGACUCAGAAGCAGUGUGCCCAGCUGCUCCAAACAGGGUCAGUGCAGGAGAUGAGCCAAAUGCAAAUCAAGCUGCAGCAAGCUCAGGCGGCGAAGAUUCUGAGUGAAAACAUGAACCAAGGGUUGCAGGAGGACCUGACGGACCUGAAGGCGCAGAUCACCAUGUACGAGUCUGCGGUGAAGCACGGCGUCAUAGUUCCGGACCCCAUACUGGACGACUGGGAGAACCCCCCCUCCGAGUCCUACGUCGAGCUGGGCAUCAAGAGCGCCAACCGCAAGAAGGUCCGGCUGCACAGCACACUAUUGGGGGAGCUGGCCAAGCCCACACUGCCCCUGGAGGAGCAGGUGAAGCAGCUACGAGCCGAGCUGCAGCGCUGCCUGGGCAGCCUGAAGGCCAAGAGGCAGAGGAUGGGCCAGCUGCAGCAGGAGCUGCAGGCCUCUCAGAGCAGCCUCAGCCUGAUGAACACACAGCUGCACCCCGCUCAGCCUCCGUCACCGGUGAGAGCCAGUCCUGUAGACGUGGUGGGUGCUCCUCAGGGUGACUGCGCCAGGCUACAGCAAGACAUCCACCAGCUGAAGGAGCAAGUGGAGAGCCUAGAGAGGAAGAACCAGCACCUGCGUCAGAGCGAAGAGAAGGUGAGGGCGGCCAACACAGAGCUGUGCUCCAAGAUGAGGGAGAUGAUCCAGGAGCUGGACCAGGAGAAGCAGGAAGCUGCACAGAGGUACGAGCGGGUGCAGCAGCAGUACAGGGACGACGUGGUCCAGCGGGUCCGCUCAGACCUCUCUGAGGAGCACCAUGCCCACAUGGACCGGCUGGUCUCUGAGCACCAGCAGCAGGUCCAUCAGCUCAAAGCGCUCCUGGCUGAGGCCGGUGAUAAGCUGUUCGGGGUGCAGGAGUGCUACAUCUCGGUCUGUAAGGAGAAGGACUCGCUGGAGGAGAGGCUUGGCAGCAGCACAGAGGAGGCUCUCACAAGGGAGCAGGAGAUGAAGGAGCAGAGCAGCGCCGCCCUGGACGCCCUCAGGAGACAGCUGGAGGACCAGCACCAGGCCUCCGUCCACCAGCUCCAAGCUCACUGGCUGUCGGAGCAGGAGGCGGAGAUCCAGCAGCAGGUCGCCUCCCGGCUGGCCUCGGCCAAGGCCGCCUGGGAGGAGCAGCAGCAGGUAACGUUCCCACCACGCACCCCCGCUCUGCCGACGCCGCCCCCCUCUGGACGUGGUCCUGAAGACGUUGUGUGGCUGCUGCCUGUGCAGAGGGAGGAGCCCCGGGCCGGGAGCCCUGAGGAGGCGGAUACGGUGGAGGGGUGGUCCCAGACGGAGGACGCUCCAGCCGGCCCACCCGGCGCUGUAUUCAGCGCCGAGGAGCUGGAGUCCAGGCUCAGCGCCCAGAGGCAGGCCCUGCAGGCGGAGGCGGGCCGGGAGCGGGAGAGGGCCGUGAAGGAGGCCCGGAGGAGGCUCCAGACGGAGCUCCAGAAGAGGCACCUGGAGGACCUGGCCACACAGGUGGAAGGAGCGGUGAGCCGGGCGUACGGACGCUGGCUGGAGGACCUGACCUUGCUGCCUGAGUACAAAGCCAACCUCCAGGAGGAGAAGGACCAGUGGGAGGAGAUCCUCAAGCAGAAGGCGGCCCAGACGGAGCUGCUCCAGGGACAGCUGGAGCACCUGAAGGGGGAGCAGGCCGCCCUGCUGAGGGCGGAGCUGGCCGCGGCGCGGGCCGCCUGGACCAGGGACAAGGAGCAGGAGAUCGCCUCCCUGCUGGCCCCCUGGAGGGAGCAGGAGCAGCGCCGGCUGGCCCAGGCCCUGCAGCGGGCCGCCGAGGAGUGGCAGCUCCAGAAGAAGGAGUUGCUGGAGCGCUGCGAGGCCGGUCUGCAGCAGGCGCUGGGGGAGAGGGAGGAGCGCUGGAGGGGCCAGCUGGCAGAGGGGCAGCAGGCACAGAGGAGGCAGGCCAGGGAGGGGCUCCUGGCGGAGCUGGACGCCAGCCUGGCGGAGCUCCGGAAACAGCCCCACGGGGGCACGGUGAAGCCGUGGGCGGGAGAGACCGGGGGCACCGUUGCUCAGAUCAUCGCCUCGUCCUACAGAGAUCUCACGGCUAAAGCGUUGGGCCAGGCAAAGAAGGAGUGGGACAAGAUAAGUGAGGAGAAGCUGAGCUGCGCUCUGAGAGACGCACAGGAGCAGCACCAGAGAGAAAUCAGUCAAAUCCAGAGCUCUGCGUCGCUGCUGCCCCAGGAGGCCCGCUGCGGGGGGCGGUGCGCGGAGGCGCUGCGCAGGCUGCAGACCAAGAACCAGGAGCUGCAGAGGCACCUGGAGAAGGCCUGCAGGCAGCUGCAGCACACGGUGCGCGACAACAAGGCCACGGUGCAGCGCCUCAAAGAGGAGCAGGAGAGCAGCCUGCAGCACGCCCAGGAAGACCACCGACAGCAGCUGGAGGUCGUGACCCGGACGCUGAAGGACGCUUCAGGGGUCUGCGGCCGCCAGGCUGACCUCCAGCCGGGCCUGGACGAGAUGAAGCAGCAGUACCUGUCGGCCGUGGACAAGAUCCGAGGGGACAUGCUGCGCUACCUGCAGGAGAGCAUGGAGCGCGCUGCCCAGCUGAUCAGGGCCGAGGUGCGGCGGGAGCGGCAGGACACGGCGCGCAGGAUGCGGCGAUACUACAUGAGCUGUCUGCAGGAGCUGCUGCAGCACGGGGAGCAGACCUCAGGGGCUGAGCAGAAGAUCAUGAGUGCUGCAGGGAAGCUGCUGGCGAUGGCCAAGGUGCUGGAGACCCCCGUGAAGAAGAAAGCCCCCCUCAAGGACCACGCCUUACCCGCCAGCGGCUCCAGUGGACCGCCUCCCUCCAGGAGAGCAGGAAGUUCCCCCUGGAGCUCCUCCCCAGGGUUACCGCUCCCUGGGCUGGGUCUAGAGGAGGGGGCCCGCGAGGGAGACCCUCCCCCCCGUGCCGACCCCCAAGGCAGCGUCCCGGCCAGGAACAAGAAGCCCGGGAAGGCCCCGGUGCAGAGCAGCCCCUCGCCGGGGAGGGGGAGGGAAGCAGGACCCCACGCCUCGCGGUCCCACACCGCAUACCCGGGCUCCGCCUCCCCGCCGGGCUUCCUCCCGCCAUCGCUGAGCAACGGUCUCCGGGACCUGUACCUCCAGGGAGCCGGCUCCCCAGGGGGCACCGGCGGGCCCGUGGGCCCGGAGCUCCGAGGCCAGCGCUCGGUCAUCAGGGAGACCCCCGUCCGAGACGAGGGGGAGAGCGACUGGAGCUCGGAGGGGGGCCGGGUGGAGGCGGGGGGGCGGCUGGCCCGAGACGGACGCCAGGGGGAGGAGUUUGGACGGCUGGCCCCGGACGCGUCUGACCUCACUGUGUACAACGAGUUCGCCAAGAGGCCCCUGAGCGUGCCGUUGGCCAAGAGGACGUGCAGAGAGCCCACGCCCGGCUCGGAGGUGCCCGGGGGGGGGCAGCCCGGCAAGGCGGUGUUCUCGGCGCUGAGGCAGUGCCAGCAGGACAGUGGCUUCCACAGCCCCUUCUCACAGCACCAGUGAUGGCACACCGGUCCACCAGACCCCUCCACCGUACAGGGCCUUAUGCAGUGACACAGUUUACACACCCAGAGGGAUGGCUUCCUGUGAGUGGCAGAGUUAGAGACUGAAAACUGAUUUGGAUAUACGGUCGAAAACCUCAGUUGACGACCACAGCAUGCCAGGCAAUUAUAUUCAUAAAGCAGCUACUCAACUUUACAUGACUUUCAAAAAUAUUGAUCUAAAUCCUGAACCUCAUGGUUUAAUGUUUUAAAGCUGAAAUGACAUCUAGUAGCUAAAUAAAGAGCAUUCCUUUAGUGCUAAAGGCGUUAUGCGGUAUUGGAUCUCUUGGCUGCCUUUCUGACCGGGCCAGAACAUCAGGCUCUACUUGAAGGUUGCUGAAGCUGCUUGGUGAAACAUGCAGGUGUACAUCUGGACAGUUCUUGGUUAAAGCCUCACCACUCAGUGAGCGUUCCCCGGCCUCUAUGGAGUCCACUUCACCAGUUUACCAAGAUAAACAGCUGGAUGGACUUGUGGUGCUGCUGUCAUGGUCCAGUCCCAGCCUGUACAACAGGCUCAUGUGUCUCCUGAUCUGUACUGGCAGGCGUAUGACUUUGCUCUGGUAGUGGCGUGCGUAGCUGGAGUAUUCAAAUACUCCUUCCUUGUUGCUUUAAGUACUCCAAGUCCCUUAGUGCUCGUGUGCCUCAGUUGUUCAUUAAUGUUUGUUUUUUAAGUCGUUUUGUGUUUAUAUUUGAAUUUUUUAAUUUAAACUUUAUAUUUUAUAUUAAGUUAAGAAGGUAUGCUGUGCAUAUAUUAAAUAAAUAUUUUUUUUAACGAAUCAAUGGCUCUCGAAAGUUCCUUGAAUUUUGCUUGUUCAGUUGCUCAGAUCCAGUACAAAAAUGUAAACACAACUAUUAUAAUCGUCUGAGUCCGAUAACAUUAGAUUCAACUUUAUUGUCAUUGUGCAGAGGACAAGAAUAGAGACCGAAAUGCAGUUGGCGUCUUAACAGUGCAAACAAGUAGUAUGGUGCAGAGUAUGUAAUGAACACAACGUCUAACUGAUCACUGUCUUGAUUGUUUGUUUGUUUUGCCUUGAUUUUGUUUUGUUUUUUCCACAAUGUCUUGUUUUUAAAUGAUUUAUGAUGACUUUAUGCUCUGUAAGGUGACCUUGGG